CCAAACGUGAGUAGACCUGAUUUAUACCUUCUGUGUUUUUCAGUUUGAAGCAGACUUCUCAGCUGGAAUCCUUCUUUUCUUGCCGUCAAUGGCAGCGCUCACAGGAGUGGAUGGAUUUUGAAGCAGCUUUUGGAUCUUGGAGGGAUGGUUGGCUAUGAUCCCAAUUCCCAGUGCACUUCUCUCUCUUCGGUGGAAAUAGCAGCAGCAGGAUCUGCGUCUGGGUUGGUCACUCGAGCUCUGAUUGGCCCCUUUGAUGUUCUGAAGAUCCGUUUUCAGCUGCAGAUAGAGCAACUGAGUUCCAGAAAUCCACAGGCUAAAUACUAUGGUAUCUGGCAGGCCAUUUGCCAAAUAUGGGUUGAGGAAGGGCCAAAGGCUUUCUGGAAGGGCCAUGUCCCAGCUCAACUCCUCUCCGUCUGCUAUGGAGCUGUCCAGUUUGUCAGCUUUGAGUUUCUGACAAAGCUGGCCCACGAUAAUACACCGUACGACGCUCGCGAUUUUGGUGUGCAUUUUGUCUGCGGUGGUUUGUCUGCUUGUGCUGCCACUGUCACGGUUCAGCCCCUUGACACGUUGCGUACCCGCCUGGCUGCCCAAGGAGAGCCAAAGAUUUACAGGAACCUUCGCCAUGCCGUGGUCAACAUGUACCGGAGAGAAGGGCCGCUGACCUUUUAUAGGGGUCUCAACCCAACCAUUAUUGCAAUUGUUCCCUAUGCUGGCCUCCAGUUUUCCUUAUAUAACUUCCUGAUAAGACUGUAUGACUGGAUUGUUCCAGAUGGAGGAUCAAAAACAGGCAACGUUAAAAGUUUUGUGUGUGGCAGUUGUGCUGGAGUCAUCAGUAAAACUCUCACUUACCCUUUUGACCUGUUCAAGAAAAGGCUACAGGUGGGAGGCUUUGAGGAAGCCCGGGCAAGAUUUGGCCAGGUGCGGACCUACAGCGGCAUAAUGGAUUGUGCUCGGCAGAUAGUGCGGGAUGAGGGAGCUAGUGGAUUCUUCAAGGGCCUCUCCCCAAGCCUGUUGAAGGCUGCAUUCUCGACAGGCUUCACCUUUUUCUGGUAUGAGCUCUUCUGCCGCCUGAUGCAUACCCUGAAGGAGACAAGCAGCUCUAAGAAGGAGGAAGACUGACAUAAGCUCCUGUCUGCAAAGGACAUUGCUGAUUGCAGUGGGGGUUGCGCCGAACUGAGUAAGGUGGAUUUUUGCCACAGCCCAAGACACACAUUAAGGAUACAUUCGGGCCAAACUAAGAGAGCUGGCACUCCACAGCUGCUGUCGGGGGCAUUUCAGUCCUUUCUGCUUGCUGCACAGAUUUCUGCCUGUCUCAGCUCCCAUGUAAGAGGCACUACUUAAUUCUAGGGAAAGGGGUUUUUUUAAAUCAGCUCUUGGGGGAACUGUCAAAACCUUUCUGAUUUGAUGACAUUUGAUUCAGAACAAAUAAUGUUCUUGUCCCGUUUGCAAAGCUCUCUCUGCUGUUUCUGCCCUGUCACAACUGGUGCUGCAUUGUUUGCUUUGCCAUGCCGGCACCCCCUUUAGCUCUCCAGGAACACAGUCCUUCCCAUUAUCAAAGAGCCAGGCCUCUGCCAGUGACUUAGUUGUUAGUCACUGCUGCUCCCCAGCAUUGGCAAUUUGCAGUGUUUCCAGCAAGCCAGAGUGUCUUUGUCCCUUGCUUUCUGGGCAUUCUUAAGGGGACGUCUACCUGUUGGAUAGUUGGUGACUUGGCAUGGGCUGUGAAAUUGCUGUGCCAUUUCCAGCCCUUGGUUUUGCUUCUUGUUUGUAGUUUUAUAGGCCAUCAUGAUGCCACAGUGUUUCACUAGCAGACAAGCAGGCCCUGUAAUUUUUUUUAAUAAAGCAUGCUCCGUAAGGAAGAGGGAAUCACAGAAAUGUCCCAAGUUGCAGCCCGAUGGCAGCGUUAAAGAAGAGUUGGGGUGCAACCACCUGAGAUAGCCAUUGCAUCCAUGGUGCCUUUGAUGCUAGUGUUCUCCUUUUCUCUCACGUGCAUCUCAUUGUCUAGCCAAACUGCAGGUGGCAGAAAACAUGCACCCACAACAGUCACACAAGGUGUUUACAUUUUUAAGGUAUUGACUUUUAUGCUCCUAUUUUAAUGUAACCUUGAUGCACAUACCCAUCUUUUAGUGCUGUGGCAAAGGUUCGUGGCAGCAUGCCACAGUUGAAAUCCCAGUUCCUUUGCCUUGUCACCUUGCCAUCUAUUUAUUUGCAAUAGAUGAUGUCAGUCUCUUGCAGUGCCACGCUAAGCAGAGUCCCGCCCUUCUGAUCCCAUUGAAAGGUGCAAUUUAAGGUGGUACCGUUAGUUUCUAGCGGUUGCACAAGAAUGAAGGAGACACAUGUAGAUGCGCACAUGUUGCAAAUUUCAGUGGGUCUUUUUUAGUACAUUUUUAAUUCUCUGAAACGAUUGUAUCUCCUUGGUAGCUUGUUUUGGAUCAAAGAAGAGUACAUCUUCAAACUAACCCUGAGCUAAAAUCAGUUAAAUCUACUUUUGGCAAGCAAAGGACUAGAUUGGACACUUCUGUUGAACCGAGGGAAUCUGCCAGGAAACUAGUAUGGGUGGUUGAGGCCGUCUCUGGGAUACAAGAGUGUUGAAGGACUGUUCCUGCAUUCCUGGAGCAGAGAAUCCCAGUUCCAGUUCACGGAUGGCUGUGCUGAGCUGCAGCAGGUGGUUUUCAAUGUAGGUAACAGCAGAGCGUUUAGGGUGCAGGCUUGCUGUGAGGCUCUGUCCUGAUAACACUGGAUGCAUCUAUGCUCAUCCAUAUUGCCAAUAGUGGUGGUUCCGGUCCUCUUUUCAGUCUAUGGUAAGUGGCACUUUUUUCUAGUUUAGGCAACUGUCUGUAUUGACACUAUAGCAUAGCGCACUGCUGGAGCAUAUUUGGGAAAGCAGAAGAAUCAAGUCCCCACACCUUCGCAAGUUGCGAUGAUCAAGCUGAGAUCUCACGCAGACCACCCAGCUCUUCCACCAGGCAAGUGGAUUCUCCUUUAAUCCUGCAAGCCUGUCUCACAAAGAUGCAGCACGUGUUCAACCACCACGAGGAGGAAAGUGGAUGGGAAAUGUGCUCAUCUUCCCUUUUGCCACAACAUAAAUCCAGAUGUGAGCAAGGCCUCUAGAGGAAGAGGGGGGAAGUUAAAAGCCAGAGUGCUCAAUUCCACUAUUAUGUAAAAGGUUUUCUUACAAUUUCCCCACCCCCACUCCCGAACUACCAGACUCUUAUUUCUGAGAUGACUUGAGCAGUACAGCUGGAGCCAUGUCACCUAGGAACACGGAAAGUAGAAACAGGAAAGAUCCUUACCAUCUUCUUGUAUGCUGUACCUGAAAAACUAGGGUUCUUCCGUAUAUGCUGAGCAGUGUGGCUUUUAUUUAACUGGCACAUGUGAUAAGUUUUGCGAAAGUCAUAUUCCUUCUGCUGAGUGUUGUUGGAUGGGAGCAAAGGAAUCCCAAACCCAUGUCGCUUUGUAAUGCUUAGGUCACAUUGGUGAAAAUUGCAGGGAAAAUGGAGGACAGGGGAAAGGAUAAGCACACACAUGCUCAUGCUAGCAUAGGUUAUCCCUGCAACCUCCCGCAUUCAUGUUUACUUUGGCUAACCCAGUAUGGGAGGGUUCAUUUUUCCCCGCAUAAAUAUGCAGUUCUGCUCUCAGAGUAGCUGCAGAUGUUGUUGAAGAAAUAAUACCAGCCAAAAGCACAAAUAGUUUUCUAUUAAUCUAGUGGCAUUUCUUGUAAUAGAGGAACUUGCACCUUUUUUCCUGUGGUCAGAAGCAUAAACGCCCACGGCCCACUGCCAUCGUCAAAUGCACAUGCUAUCUUUGCAUUAGAAGUUUGCACUUCUGACCACACAUUACUUCUUCAGUAACACCCAAAGCUUUUGCUUGGUGAUAGCAGCCUUGUGUGAAUAUGAGGGCUUUACCAUCAUAUUACCUUCUGCAGUUCAUCCUCCAGAUUCCUAGCACUAUAGGUUUAUUUUACUCUCGUGCCAUCCCCUUGUAAAGGUGUGCUUACUAAGGAUUGCCAUGGAUUCCAGCAGUUUUGCUUGAACGUCUUGGUAUCAGUACCUGCACCCCCACCAGUCCUCAAAAUAUCUGACUUUAGGCACCAGUAAUGCUAAGAGUUCUGCUCCAAUAUCUGUAAUAGAUCUAGGGUCAAUAUGUUUUUUUCCCCAGUUGCUCUUAUUAUUUGUGUUGCACAGCUAAGAUCCUGCAUCUCCACAUGCUUUAUACAAAAAAUGUUUCAAGAUCCAUUACUAUGAGGUGGUUUUGUUUUGCUACUGCCAAUGUUACAUCAACAGAACCCAUAACAGCAUUUUGUUUUCUCUAAUACAAAUUGACCUUCAAGUGCAGCAUUCUUUUAAGGAUAUGGACCAUUCGGUUUUCCUGUAUGGAACAUGUCCUUUUGGAAUAAAUCUAUUAAAUAUAUUGAAUAUAAA